AUGGGUUGGUUCAGCAGCAGCAAAAAGAAACGGCACGACUCGUCGCCGUCGUGGAACGCCGCGGCUGCGUCGUCGUCGUCGUCCCCUCCGGCGGCCGGCAUGAGCCGCUGGGCCGACUCCGUCAUGGUCCUUGCCGACUCGGCCGUGCGCGACGUCUACGAUGACAUGUCGACGCGCCUCGACGACGUCAUGACGCGCAUCGACCGGGAGACGGUGUCCGCCGCCGAAGCCGGCCGCCUUAUGCGCCGCCAUGACGACGACGACGAGCAGGACCUGCUGGCCUACACGGAUCGCUCUCUCGGCACCUCGUCCUUGCGCAAGAGUAGCCGCUUCGCCAAGGUCGAGCUGUACGCCAACUCCAAGCUGCCGCUCGACCUGCCCCCGCUGGCGCUGUACAUGCCCACGUGGCCGCUGCUGUGCCUCGCCGCCCAGCACUCCUCGGACGUGUACAAGCCGUCGUCGUCGUCAUCCGAGGAGUCCUACUCGGCCUCGGACUGGCGCGCCGGCACAAAGGCCAUGUGCAUCAAGUCGGUCCCCAUGGACCACGCCUCCACCAUUAUCUUUGCCAUCCGCGGCACGUCCUCCUUCAUGGACUGGGCCGUCAAUCUCUCCACCGAGCCCUCCUCCCCGGACGGCUUCCUCGACGACCCCGGCAACCUCUGCCACGCGGGCUUCCUCGCCGUCGCGCGCAACAUGGUGCGCCCCGUGGCCGCGCGCCUCCGCCGCCUGCUCGCCGAGAGCCCCGGCCGCGCCGCCUACAGCCUGCUCAUCACCGGGCACUCGGCCGGCGGCGCCAUCGCGGCGCUGCUCUACAUGCACAUGCUGGCCACCGCCCCGGGCACCGGCAGCGAGCUCAACCUGCUCGCCGGCUUCUUCAAGCGCAUCCACUGCGUCACCUUUGGCGCCCCGCCCGUCACGCUGCUGCCGCUGCAGAAGCCGAGCCCCGGCGGGGCCAACCCGCGCCGCCUGACCAAGUGCCUGUUUCUCGCCUUUGUCAACGAGGGCGACCCCGUCGCCCGCGCCGACACCGCCUACGUCAGGAGCCUGCUGGAGCUGCUCACCAAGCCGCCGCCGGAGCGGGAGCUGCUGCCCGACCGCCCGGCGCUGGGCGAGCGCACGAGGUGGCGCAGCGACGGCACCCCCCGGCUGCCGCGACGUCGCUAUCAGCAGGUGCACUGGCCGGUGCCCGCGUGCACGCUGAGCAACGCCGGUCGCAUCGUCGUGCUGCGCAGCGGUGAUCCGAUGGCGUCGCCGGGGCCGGGCGAGCGCACCGUCGAGGACCGCCUGGCGGAGGGCGUCCGUGCCCAAACAUGCGACGAGGCGGUGCUGAGGGGCGUCAUAUGGGGCGAUCCUGUCGCCCACAUGAUGGGCCUGUACGCGGCAAGGAUCGAGACGCUGGCCGUGGCUGCCGUCAAAGGCCAGAGGUAA